AUAAUUUUUCAGUGCUGUUGUAACUUUGAACGAUCACCAAGUGAAGUGUUGUAAGUUGAGGACUACCUAUAUGUCUAAGAUUGGAUCAAUCUUAUUUCUGAGAAGACCAGUGUUGUACAAGCGGGCUAUUAUCCUACUAAAGUGACAAAGGCUUUCCCAAUUUCCACGGACAAGAGACUCCCAAAUUAACCACUUCUGUCUGGGGCAGAGACAACCAAACCUAUUUAUUUUUCCCUGGCAGUUACCAGUCAGUUUCUUGCACAUUUCACGGCAAAGUCAUUUUCCCUUCCGAGGUGCACAUCUAAAAUUUGCCAUUGGUUCCUGAGCUUUAGGUUUAAUGUUCCUCUCCUGUUGACGACAAUUCUCUAUCCUUUUUUUUAUUUUAUUUUUGUAGGAAUGAUGGCAUCCUUUGCUCUAUGUCUUGACAAGCCUUCCUCUUCCUUUUCUUUUCCAGAAUUGCCCUACGGCUGGGAGAAAAUUGACGAUCCCAUUUAUGGCACUUAUUAUGUGGACCACAUAAAUAGGAGGACCCAAUUUGAAAAUCCUGUUUUGGAAGCCAAAAGGAAGUUACAACAGCGUACCAUGCCCAACGCAGAACUUGGAAUCAAGGCUAUGCCAGCCCAGAGUUUCAGAGUAGACAACGCCUCAUCAACCUUACCUAGGCCCAAACUCGUUCACCCGCGCCUUGCUCCUAAGAGGUCUCGUAGUGUGAGCGACCUAUCUCAAUAUCGGCGGGACAUUGCUGGAAUGUACAGGCUGUAUGAGAAACCCCUCUUCACCCGGGAUGCCUCGCAGCUGAAAGGGAACUUCCUCAGCACAACUCUGAAGAAAAGCAAUAUGGGCUUCGGGUUUACCAUCAUCGGUGGGGACGAGCCCGACGAAUUUCUCCAGGUUAAGAGCGUCAUCCCGGAUGGGCCGGCGGCACAAGAUGGCAAGAUGGAAACUGGUGAUGUUAUUGUCUACAUUAAUGAAGUAUGCGUCCUUGGACAUACCCACGCGGAUGUCGUCAAACUCUUCCAGUCUGUUCCCAUUGGUCAGAGUGUCAACCUGGUGCUAUGUCGUGGAUACCCUUUGCCCUUUGACCCUGAAGAUCCUGCCAACAGCAUAGUGCCGCCACUCACCAUGAUGGAGAGGCCUCCGGUCGUCAUCAACGGAAGACAUAACUAUGAAACUUAUUUGGAAUACAUUUCUAGAACUUCCCAGUCUGUUCCGGAUAUAACAGAUCGGCCGCCACAUUCCUUGCAUUCCAUUCCAGCAGAGAGUCAGCUUGAUAGCACAUUCCCACCACCCCUUCAUGAUGACAACAUCUCCAUGGCCUCGUCGGGAGCCACUCAAGCUGAACUCAUGACCUUAACCAUUGUGAAAGGGCCCCAGGGCUUCGGCUUCACCAUAGCAGACAGUCCCACAGGACAGAGGGUGAAGCAAAUCUUAGAUGUUCAGGGAUGCCCUGGUUUAUGUGAAGGUGACCUCAUUGUCGAGAUCAACCAGCAGAAUGUACAGAACAUGAGCCAUGCUGAAGUAGUGGAUAUACUUAAAGAAUGUCCGGUUGGAAGCGAGACUUCUUUGUUUAUUCAUAGAGGAGGAUUCUUUUCACCAUGGAAAACUCCAAAGCCUAUGAUGGAAAAAUGGGAAAAUCAAGGCAGUCCACAGACCAGUUUAUCUGCUCCAGCUGGGCCACAGAAUAUUCCCUUCCCACCAGCCCUUCACAGAAGCUCUUUCCCCGAUUCAACAGAGGCCUUUGACCCGAGAAAGCCUGACCCAUAUGAGCUGUAUGAGAAGUCACGAGCUAUUUAUGAAAGUAGGCAACAAGCCCCACCCAGGCCAGGUGUUCGAAUGGAUACCUCAGGUUCCGAUUACAAGGAAUUAGAUGUUCACCUUCGGAGAAUGGAAUCCGGAUUUGGCUUCAGAAUUCUUGGAGGAGAUGAACCAGGACAGCCAAUUCUGAUUGGGGCAGUCAUUGCGAUGGGCUCGGCCGACAGAGACGGCCGCCUGCAUCCUGGCGAUGAAUUGGUCUACGUGGACGGCAUCCCCGUGGCUGGCAAAACUCACCGCUACGUGAUUGAUCUGAUGCACAACGCAGCUCGGAACGGGCAAGUGAACCUUACCGUGAGAAGAAAGGCGCUACCUGCAGGGGAACCGUGUCCAGAAAACGGCAGAAGUCCAGGCUCCGUGUCCACCCACCACAGUUCUCCCAGAAGCGACUAUGCUACGUACGCUAACAGCAAUCACGUUGCGUCCAGCAACAAUGCUACACCCCCCGAGAGCUUCCCUUCGCAUGGCGUGCCAACCAGCGACGUCGUCAUCCAUCGGAAAGAAAACGAAGGAUUUGGAUUCGUUAUCAUUAGCUCCUUAAACAGGCCCGAGUCUGGGUCGACGAUGGCCGUACCCCAUAAAAUAGGGAGGAUAAUUGAAGGGAGUCCUGCUGAUCGCUGUGCGAAAUUGAAAGUUGGAGACCGGAUCUUAGCUGUGAAUGGCCAGUCCAUUAUUAACAUGCCUCACGCCGAUAUUGUGAAGCUAAUUAAAGAUGCUGGCCUUAGCGUAACUCUUCGCAUCAUUCCUCAGGAAGAGGUGAGCAGCCCAGCGUCCGCACCCAGCUCAGAAAAGCAGAGUCCCAUGGCCCAGCAACACAGCCCUGGGACUCAGCAGAGCCCUGUAGCACAACCAGCCCCUCCACAGCCUCUACAGACUCAAGGACAUGAAAACAGUUAUAGGUCGGAAGUAAAAGCAAGGCAGGAUGUCAAACCUGACAUUCGGCAACCUCCAUUUACAGAUUAUAGGCAGCCUCCAUUGGAUUAUCGCCAUCCGCCAGUAUUAGAUUACCAGCAAUCCCCCCCUUUGGAUUACCGGCAACCACCUUUGAUAGACUACCGACAGCAUUCUCCAGACACAAGGCAGUUCCCCUUAUCGGAUUACAGACCACCUCAGGAUUUUGAUUAUUUUACUGUGGAUUUGGAAAAGGGAGCCAAAGGGUUUGGAUUCAGUAUUCGUGGAGGGAGAGAAUACAAAAUGGACCUGUAUAUCUUGAGAUUGGCAGAAGACGGGCCAGCAAUAAGAAACGGACGAAUGAGGGUGGGCGACCAAAUUAUUGAAAUCAACGGGGAAAGUACAAGAGACAUGACCCACGCCAGAGCAAUAGAACUCAUCAAAUCCGGUGGCCGAAGAGUACGGUUGUUACUAAAACGUGGAACUGGACAGGUCCCAGAAUAUGACGAACCAAACUCCUGGAGUGGCUCCAUUGCCACCUCCCCAGGUCUGUCGGAAGUAACUCUUUCCCCUGAUGACAUUGUCCUGCCAUUAUCUUCAUCGCAUCUCGCCCAGUCCUCUGACCCUUCCCGUCUGAUAAGCCCAGACUCAGCUUGGGAUAUCAAGAGGGAACAUCACGCCAACAAACCAAAGGAGCUUUCGGUCAACGGCCACAGGAAGAAAAGGUUAGGCGAGCAGACGGAGAGAUCUGCAAGUCCUAAGAAGGUAGAUAGGUCAAAACAUGAAGAGGUAUGGAGGAAAGCAAGCUCAGAAGGCAAGAGUAAGACCACCGAGAGUGGAACGUCAUUGCUGGAAACUAAGGCAGGAGGACUCCAUCCAACAGCCGAGGACGGCGUCAGAGGACAUGAAUGUGCUGGAACCAACGAGGAAUGGGUUGGGAGAUCCAAGAGGUUGGAAAGCAAACGAGGGGGAUCCCUUGGCGCAAAGGAUCCUUACGUCACAGUGGCUGCAGAGAAGAAGUCAACCGAACACGUCAAGCUGGAUUCCAUUGGUGCUACCAAGGCGUACAGUAGCAAUAGCUGCAGCUCCCAUGGAAGUGACAUGGAUCACAGCCAGAAAGAAUUGGAGAGGAAGCCUGGUGAAUUCCCACGGAAGGGACACGCCCAUCCCAUCCCAACACACUAUCCCAACCCCACCGCUCGGAAGGCAACGGUCUCGCCGGGGCCAUGGAAGAUUCCUGGCUCCGAUAAGCUUCCCGGCAUCCUAAAAUCGACCACCUCCGCGAUGAGCAGAUAAGCCAACUGGGACUGUUGCCUUCUCAUGGUACACACCGUGUUGCAGAACGUCCUCCCUAUUUCUGUCUCACCUCGUUUUAAUUUAUUUUAACUCAUACGCUCAAAACGAUAAGAGAAACGAAAGCAGUCAUGUGUAAUUCUGUGACAACAUGCAUAAUGUCUUAAUACGUUAAUGGAAGAUAGCGUCACUCUUGUAUCCCAAUGUGACCUUCAAGUUCCCAGUUUCAUUUCAGAGACUUUGGCAGCUACGGAAGAAACCAAAAUAAUAUGAAGGACCGUUGACCCCAUGCAGUGUAGCUUUAGUUUGAUGUUUACCACUGCAUGAAGGACUUAGGAUUUUUUUUCAUUCAGACUUUAUAUCGAGAAACUGGAAGAAGUUAGAGCAAUCAUAAACUGGAACAUCGCCUUAAAUAAAAACUGCACGGGGAAAGUUAAAAGUGGAAAUAGAAUAUUUUAUCUGAAUUCAAUGUUGUAAAUAAAUAGUUCUCGGCGUAUCUAGACAGGGGUUGAAGCAUUGAAAUUGUAAAUCCAUGCUAUGUCUCUACUGUUAACACUUUGGGAGGGGGGGAAAAAGAAUCAGAUCUGCCCAAAAUUAUAUCAUAAUUCAUUACAAGGCACCCUAGUUGCUUCCAUUUUGUGAAGCAACCAUAUUUCUGUACACUGAGAAACAAGGGUGGAAUUCUAUUCAGAAACCUAGCCUCAGAUAGAUUUGUCUCCCAGAGAGGCACACCUAUAGAACUGGAUCUGCAAAUGUCACCUAGGUCAGGGGUCCCCAACCCCAAACCCUUGGGGGGGGGUGGACCAGCACCGGGCUGCAGCAUGCCAAAAACCGGGCUGCACAAACAAGCGAAUCCCCAUUCGCAGGAUGCAGGCAGCACACAAAACCACGCUGCCCCCUCUCCAGUCUGCAGAAAAAUCUCUGUCCAUAGAACUGGUUCCUGGUGGCCCACAGUUUGGGUGUCUCUGAUCUAGUUUUCACAAGAGGGAUCCUAAACUACAACUGCCGGAUCAUCACAAUGAGAGAGUGAUUCUUGAAAAACAGCCUUGGUCGCCUGCAAGAACUCACAACUGUCUAAAAUACUAACUCAACUUCUUUUUCCUAGGACCACCUUUGAAUUUUACUUCCCCAAAGUCCUAUUUUUAUGAUAGAAACCCACCAGGCAACGCCAUGUCUCCUCCUUCCAUAGUCUGUGUCUUUUUCACGUCUCCAGUGCCAUAAUAACGUUUCAUUUGCACACCGAUGAAGUGUAGCUUGUUCGCUGAGCUCCAUGAAUCAACCCUUUUAAUUUCUGAGAGGUUCGCUGUUUUUUCUUUUCUUUUCAAACAACAGCAAUAGAAACAAGAACAGCAGCACUCCGUAAUGUUUGUUUUUUAAACUUGAAAAGAUUUUUUUUCUCUCUCGCAAACCCUCCUGUUUCUCAGAAGUAACCUCGUCAGGUGAGCAGAAUCAAGUUAUUUUUUAAGAUCAGGAGAAAUUUCGAUUCGAAGAGAGGCAUAAGCAAGAGAAUGAACCUUGAUCAAUCAACACAAAUCCCAUAUUUCUUUUUCCGCUCAAUCUACGACCAGUUAAUCCGUCUUUUCGUUUGUUUUCUUCAGGGGCCCUCUUAGACUAAAUUAGAUUGAGGAGAAAAGGACUUUGCACCUUGGAAAUAAAAAAAAAAAUGCAUAUUUAAGAAUUUGUCCCAUUCUAGUUUUUUAAGAAAGCACAAAGAUACGUAGCUGUUUACAAAAUAGAGUAUCUAUCUGUCUAUAUAUAUUAAUGAAAGAAAUAGAGAGAUAUAUAUCUUUAUUCCCAGCCUAGAUAUUUGGCAUAAUUUGCUGUUAAUUUAUUAAGCCUGAAAUGUAGACAGGACUUUGCUAGCAAAGAGGGAUAAACGGAGAUUCCGUUCAACUUCAGUUCGCACCCUGCCCCGCCCUCUUUUUUGUGCAGAUCACACGGCUUUAUGCGGCUGUAAUCGACAACCUGUGAAGGCAUCAUUUAAACCCCACCCCCCAUUCCAAAUAAUAUUUCUGUGUAGUGUUAGCUGUGAAUUUACCUUGUACAGCUCUAUUGCUAUAAAUAUAAUUCCAUGUAUUAAUAGUCACAGAAAAGCUGUAAGUGAGCAACUAUUUUUAUGAAACCACCACUAUGGAUAAAUUAACUUUUGCAGAAAUCUUGUUUACUGUAUGAUAUUCUAAACCACUCAAAUAAAAUAUAUAUCCAAGAAUCUUUUUUUUUCCCAACU